UCGGGAAAGGGCGUGAGCAUCAGAGCAUUUGGAAAUGGUCACUGGCUGUUGAAUGGGUUGGAGGGGGCAGGAGUGGAUGGACUGCUGUGUGAGAAGCAUGAGGUUGGGGCCCCUGGAGCGGGCGCGGGCAGGGCGCAGCAGGAGUGGAGGGCUGGAGAGCCUGGGGACCCCUGGGGCUGGGUGAGGGUGAGCAGAAGGAGGAAACCUUGGCAGACCAUUCCGCGGGGAAACUGGUGGGGCCAGCUGUGGGAGGAAGCUGUUACUCUCUGACUCCCACCCUGAUUGGAAGGGACCUUCGCUAGGAACUUUUGGAUAUUGUUGCCAUUUUUACUAGCCUGCAUGUAAUUUUCAUGAUUUCACUUUUCCUAUUGGAAAAGUGGGGAAAGACUUGAAUUUCACUGUGUCUCCAGCCAGCAUAACUGGGUGAUGUGCAGUUAUACGCAGACACACACACACAGGACACCCAGAAAUGUCACAAAAUCCAGUGAGUUUCCUGUACAGUUUGGAGCUGAUGCUCGGACUUUCCUCUCUGUCCACCCCAGGUGCACUUCCUUCACCCUCGGUGUCACUUCCUUAAAAACACAGAACUUAAGAUGGGACCAUUCAAAAUGGACAUGAGUUUCCUAGCGUUAGGCGUCACUUUGCGUGACGUGAGCAGUGGCCUUCCGACGCCGAACUUCCACACGGAGCUGUCAGACGCAGCUGUGGGCGGCCUGGAUGGCGUCUGGGCCUGCUCCUCUUCGUUCCUGCGCGUCCUGUGGCUCUCAUCCCCUGCUGGUCUCCCCCACCGACGCCAGCCCCCAUCGUGGGGCGUGGGCAGUUGACUGGGGGCCCCAGGAAGACUGAGUGCAGCCUUUUGCACACUGCUUGGUAUUUCUAACUGUUGAAACCUUAAUGGAGUGUGCGCAUGUCACAGCAGCCACAUCCAUCUUGUCACUUGAAGUACGGGGAGCCCAGGUGCUGCUCCCACGUGCUGGGGCUCACUGUCAUGCCGGGGCCCUGUGAGGACGCGCACCCUCUAGGGCUGGGGUCCCCAAAGAAGCGGGUGAGGCGGUGCUGUCUGGCGUGGGGAGGGAAGUCCUGCAGAGCCCAGCGAGGUAAUGUCACAGUGGUAAAGGACUGAAGAAAUACAGCAGGUGGGCUACUGUGGCGCGAAGCGGGCCCCCCUGGGCCCGGACGUCAGGCCCUGAGAGCUGUGUGAGCCGACUCCAGGGCUGAAUCUGAACGUUUCACUUUUGGCCUGAGAAAUCUACAGAGCAGUUUAUCAUUUACCUAUUUGCGUUCAGGAUGUUUACUUUGCGUUUUUGGUUUUUGCAAUUGGUGAUGCUUCUGGGUGUGGAUUUCUUUGGGUUUGCCAUGAUUGAGGCUCCGCUAGCUUCCCGAACCUCAGGUUUGUGCUGUACUGCGGGCUCUGUGCCUCGGGUGAACGUGUCUGGUGUUACUCUGGGGUCGCACUUUUGGUACUGUAAGGUGGUUUGAAACCACAAACAGGAGUUACCCAACUUUGCUGUUUUACAGAAUUGUUUGGCUUCUUCAGGUCUCCUGAGAUUACAUUUUAGAAUGACGUUUUCAGUUAUUGCAAAAAAAAAAAACCCUCUGGUAUUUUGCAGGGAUGCCGCUGCGGCGGCUCGGGCAGCCUGACCGCCCAGUGGCGCGCCAGCCUGACUCCCGCCAGCCUGACUCCCGGGCUUAGCCCGUUGGGCCCACAUCAAGGUUUAUUCUGUUGAGUGGGCCCAGCGGCUAAGUGCUUUCGGGGCUCUCACGUGAGUGAGGCGCUGCCCCCGCCCAACAGGGAGGGAGAGUGCGGGUCUCGGGCGCGGGGGCCAGUGGGCUCCCCGUUUUGGGAGAGGCGUGUCUCACCCUCUCGACGUCGCCUCCCCUUCCAGGCCGCGAUGUGAUAAUGGAUCAUCAUGUCUCCACCAUCAAACCCCGAAGGAUCCAGAACCAGAACGUCAUUCACCGCCUGGAGCGCCGGAGGAUCAGCUCGGGCAGGGCGGGCACGCACUGGCACCAGGUGCGCGUGUUCCACCAGAACGUCUUCCCCAACUUCACCGUGGUCAACGUGGAGAAGCCGCCUUGUUUCCUGCGGAAGUUCUCGCCCGACGGGCGCUACUUCAUCGCCUUCUCUUCCGACCAGACGUCCCUGGAGAUCUAUGAGUACCAGGGCUGCCAGGCGGCCGAGGACCUGCUGCAGGGCUGCGACGGGGAGGUGCUGGCCGGCGGCGGCGACCAGCGCUCCGCGGGCAUCCGCGGCCGGCUCUUCGAGCGCUUCUUCGUGCUGCUGCACAUCACCAGCGUGGCGGCGCACGGCGAGCACCUGAACCGCGAGUGCAGCCUCUUCACCGACGACUGCCGCUGCGUCAUCGUGGGCUCCGCCGCCUACCUGCCCGACGAGCCGCACCCGCCCUUCUACGAGGUGUACCGCAACAGCGAGUCGGUGACCCCCAACCCGCGCUCCCCGCUGGAGGACUACUCCCUGCACAUCAUCGACCUGCACAGCGGCCGCCUGUGCGACACGCGCACCUUCAAGUGCGACAAGGUGGUGCUGUCGCACAACCAGGGGCUCUACCUGUACAAGAACAUCCUGGCCAUCCUGUCGGUGCAGCAGCAGACCAUCCACGUCUUCCAGGUGACGCCCGAGGGCACGUUCGUCGACGUGAGGACCAUCGGCCGCUUCUGCUACGAGGACGACCUGCUCGCCGUGUCGGCCGUCUUCCCCGAGGCGCAGCGCGACGGCCCGGCGGGCACGGCCAGCCCCUUCCGGGACCCCUUCAUCAACUCGCUGAAGCACCGGCUGCUCGCGUACCUGUGGCGCCGGGCCGAGCAGGACGGCAGCGCCACGGCCAAGCGGCGCUUCUUCCAGUACUUCGACCAGCUGCGCCAGCUGCGCAUGUGGAAGAUGCAGCUGCUGGACGAGAACCACCUGUUCAUCAAGUACACGAGCGAGGACGUGGUCACCCUGCGCGUCACCGACCCCUCCCAGGCCUCCUUCUUUGUGGUGUACAACAUGGUGACAACUGAGGUGAUCGCGGUGUUUGAGAACACGUCCGACGAGCUCUUAGAGCUGUUCGAGAACUUCUGCGACCUCUUCCGGAACGCCACGCUGCACAGCGAGGUGCAGUUCCCCUGCUCGGCCUCCAGCAACAACUUUGCCAGGCAGAUCCAGCGCCGGUUUAAGGACACCAUCGUGAACGCCAAGUACGGAGGGCACACGGAGGCCGUGCGCCGCCUGCUGGGCCAGCUCCCCAUCAGCGCCCAGUCCUACAGUGGCAGCCCCUACCUCGACCUGUCUCUCUUCAGCUACGAUGACAAGUGGGUGUCGGUCAUGGAGCGGCCCAAGACGUGCGGAGACCACCCGAUCAGGUUCUACGCCCGGGACUCGGGUCUGCUCAAGUUCGAGAUCCAGGCGGGCCUGCUGGGCAGGCCCGUCAGCCACACCGUGCGCCGCCUCGUGGCCUUCACCUUCCACCCCUCCGAGCCUUUCGCCAUAUCCGUGCAGAGGACCAACGCCGAGUACGUCGUCAACUUCCACAUGCGGCACAGCUGCACGUAGGCGCCGCCCGGCCUGGGCCUCCCGAGUGCCGCACGUGGGGUCCGGACUCUGAACCCCGCUGUCGGGGGCAGCCCAGGGAGCUGGGGACCUGGCCGAGGGAGCACGCACUUGUGGGCAGCCCAGCGCCCGGCGGACCUCACGGCCGCGCGCUCUCGCCUGUGGGUGUGCCCAGCAUUAACGGGGCCACUUAGUUUGGUUUUUCCUUUUAUUGCUCUGAAGAUGAAAGCAUUACACUCGUCUCCGUGCCCUUCUCUGGCAUUAAGGUGUGCAGCCUGCAGCGGGUAACCUGCUUCCUGGCGAGCCGGGCACGUCCUUGUCACUUAGCGACAAGCAGGGCUGUCUUUAUAAGAAAAGAAAUAAAGCCUUGGUAUU